AUGGCAUCCAAUCCGGUCAAGGAGUCCGCCCACGAAGCGGCGGUCUCCGCCCAACAAAGCACCAAGGCCGCCAUCGAGCACCCGGCGCAAACCACCUCGACCAUCCUGCACCACCCCUACAUGCGCGCCGCGCUCCCGUUUAUCAACGGUGGCCUCGCCGGCAUGACCGCCACCAGCGUGAUUCAGCCCGUCGACAUGGUGAAGGUGCGCCUGCAGCUAGCCGGCGAAGGCGCCCGCACUGGCCCUAAGCCCUCCGCCCUGGGCAUUACCAAGGAGAUCAUCGCCUCCGGCAAAGUCCUCGACCUCUACACCGGCCUGUCUGCUGGCCUUCUCCGUCAGGCUGUCUAUACCACCGCGCGCCUGGGCUUCUUCGACACCCUCAUGCAGCGCCUGAACGCGCGAGCGGACCAGCAACAGCGUAAAGUGACCUUCGCCGAGCGCGCUGUCGCCGGCCUGUCCGCCGGUGGCAUCGCCGCCAUGAUCGGCAACCCCGCCGACCUGGCCCUGGUGCGCAUGCAAUCAGACGGCCUCAAGCCCCCCGAGAAGCGCGCAAACUACCGCUCCGUCUUCGACGCGCUGACCCGCAUCCCGAAACAGGAAGGCCUGACGGCCCUCUGGGCCGGCGCGCUGCCCACGGUGAUUCGCGCGAUGGCGCUGAACGUGGGACAGCUGACGUUCUUUGCGGAAAGCAAGGCGCAGCUAAAGCAGCACACGAGCCUGUCGCCGCAGACCACGACGUUCGCGGCGUCUGCGAUCGCGGGCUUCUUCGCGAGCUUCCUCUCGUUGCCAUUCGACUUUAUCAAGACGCGGCUGCAGAAGCAGCAGAAGGAUCCGGCCACGGGCAAGGUGCCGUACAAGGGGGUCCUGGACUGCGCGCGCAAGGUGGUCAAGGAUGAGGGAUGGUUGCGCUUUUACCGGGGCUUUGGGACGUACUAUGUGCGGAUCGCUCCUCAUGCGAUGGUCACCCUUAUUGUGGCUGAUUAUCUCAACCUCAUCACGAAAUAG